AAUUACAACAGAGGAUGGCGCAAUCCGGGCACUCUCGCAAUCACCAUGGCAUGAACUCGAAAGAUGGCGAUAUUUCCCGCGCCCAUCAGGGCAGGGCAGAUAAUAGGAAGCUAGCCGGAGAUCAAGCUGUGCAACGGCCCUGUUGAUCUAGCCAAUAACCACACCACAAAUACGAGACUUUAUAUCGUGCCACUGCUGAGUAAGAAGUAAGCCAGAAUUCCGGGAUUUUCAAAACUCGAACCUUGCAAAAAAUCAAACAUCCACCACCACCCACAUCCAUCAAAGAACCUUCCUGGAAGAUCUGGAAAACAAUAUGAAGGCCUACUACUACGACAACCUCCCGGGCGACCAACGGCUGCCGCACGAGGACACCAGCGCCGGGCCGCUCUCCCCCGCCGACCUCGAGACGGUCGGGGUGCGCUACUACCACAUGCCCGAGCUGGCGGGCGUGGACGCGCUGGCGGCCGAGCGCGGGUACAAGAACCGGGACGAGAUCACGGUGUCGCCGGAGAAGAUGGGCGACGCGUACGAGUCCAAGGUCAGGAUGUUCUUCGACGAGCACCUGCACGAGGACGAGGAGAUCCGCUACGUCCGCGACGGGCGCGGGUACUUUGACGUGCGCGACAAGGCGGACCGCUGGGUCCGGAUCGCCCUGGAGAAGGACGAUCUGAUUAUUCUGCCGCCGGGCAUCUACCAUCGGUUCACCACCGAUGAGAGCAACUACAUCCACGCGAUGCGCCUGUUCAAGGAGGAGCCCAAGUGGACGCCGUUGAACCGGUCCGAGACCGUAGAUCAGAACCCGUACCGCAAGGAGUAUGUUUCGCAAUACCUGGCGUAGGCGGCAGGUCAUGUUAUGAGGCUUCAUGGGCGUUGUACCGAGUAUUGCAAUCAAUGUCAAAUCGUGUUAAAUACCAUCUUGAAGAUUACCUAACGUCGCGUAGUGGUGUCCCGCAUUGUUGCUCUGUCUCCCUGUCCGUUACAGUGGUUGUC